AUGCGGAUGUGUACUUGUCAGGAAAUGGACCAAUGCGUCGAAGAAGCGAAGGGCCAGACAGACCAGUGUGCCGAGCCCUGCUUCAAGGAGUUCGAGAAGCUGAGGAUGCUCGAGAAGCCGCAAGUGCUGAAAACUUGCCUCCAGAGCAAGAAGCGGAUGCUCGUGCAAUUGAUCCCGUGUUUCAAGCAGCAUUUGCAUGCGAGGUCCCAAGCCAUUAAAUCGGCCGGCUUCUGCAUGAAGAACUGCAUCAUCAAGGAGAAGAACCCACAUGGCUUCUGCUUUGAACGAAUCGGAUGUAUGCCCCGAAUCACCGACGCCCAAGCAAAGCAGGCGAUCGAGAAGUGCUCUACGCAAGUGAAUUGGAAACAGGAGGUGCAGACGAUCUGCGACUGCAGCCGCGAAGCGGGAAUUGGCGAUCUCCAAGACUUCUGCAAGCUGAUGAUCAGCACC